AAACCCGCUGACGGGCGCCUGGCAAGGACAAGCAAUGACGGACCGCAGAAAGCCGCGAGUUCGAGUACAGGGACCAGCAGGUGAAUGAGAAGAAAAAUUAACUGCAAGUUAGUUGAGGAGGGCAGAAAGAACGCUGAAUCCGCGGUGAAUGGUUGGCGUUCCAUGUUGCAGCCGGUCUCCUGCAUCGUUUGAAAUUUCGACAGCAAGGUCUCGCACAGACCUAUCUAUCAUCUAUCAUGGUAUGGCAAUUACCUGGAACCGUGCGGCUGCCGCUUCGUCUGGAAGCGCGAACAGAUUGUUAGACCUGUUUAGAUAUCGAGCAUGAUGGACGUAGAUCUGAUAAGAAUUCUUAUUGUAGCUGGCAUCUCGUUACUGCUGGCGAAAGUGCUCCAUAUCGUCGCGAAAUGGUGGCUCCAUCACUGUUAUUUGAGGCAACGAGUACCCGAACCAUGCAAGGCGCACUGGCUUCGGGGACACUUGGCCGCGGACAACCGUCGUGCAAAGGAGACAUACCUCGGAUAUGCUCGUAAACUCCCACGAAUGUUCCGACGGCAGAUGGGGCUGUUUAGCACAUCAGUCUCAGUAUCUCAUCCGGAGACCAUUGCGGAUGCCAUGAGAGCGAAUCCCGGGAAGAAUGAACUUAUUUGCAAGCUGUUUCGGGCCUGGUUGGGAAACGGGCUACUGAUCUCCAAGGGAGAACGCUGGGCCCGUGAUCACAAGCUGCUAACUAAUGUAUUUUCACUUGACAUGCGCCGUGAGUACGUCGGUUUCUACAAGGAAGCAACGAGUAUCAUGCUUGAUCUCUGGGAAGGACAGCCGGAAAGGUGGGUGGAUGCAUCUCAGUAUUUUCCCAACCUUACGUUUGAUAUCAUCCUGCGCUGUGCCAUGGGUGCGGAGACAAACUGUCAAACGGAAAGAAGUCCUAAUUCCCCUGCUGUGCGAUAUGAAACUGCUUUGAAAGACAUCCUGUUGAUAGUCUUCCAACGUCUCUACAAGCCCUGGCUUCUCUCCAAUUUCAUUUUCUAUCACCUUCCAAUAGGCCGUCGCUUCCAAAAACUUCUUGCAGAAACACACGAGUUCAGUGAGCAAUUGAUCAGCGAACGACGUACACUCCUGCAGAAGUGUUCAGACAAGAAUGAUGAAGAAAACCGACGCCGUGAUAUGCUGGAUGUUCUACUAACAGCCAGAGAUGAGGAGGGUGUGGGCUACAGCGACACUGAGGUGCGCGAGCAUGUCGAAACAUUCCUCUUUGCUGGCCACGACACGACAUCAUCGGCCUUUCAGUGGGCAAUCCACUAUCUGAGCCUGAACACUGAUGUUCAAGAGCGCUGCCGUCAGGAGGUGCUGGCUGUGUUGGAAAAGUGCAGCGGUCUGGACAACUUUGCCCAUGAGAACCUGGCUGAGCUGGAGUAUCUCACACAAACCAUUCAGGAGGUACUGCGCAUAGCAAAUAUUGUACCGUACAUUGCGAAGACCAGCAAGAAGCCCACCCAAGUGGAUGGCAUAUCGUUCCCCACCGGCACAAAUUUCCAAAUUAACAUCAUGGGUGUUCACCACAGCAAGGAAGUCUGGUCUGACCCCGACACAUUCAACCCUGACAGGUUUUCGCCGGACAAGGUGAGCCGCUCAUCGUACGCGUUCAUUCCAUUCAGCUGCGGCCCUCGCGCCUGCCUUGGCAAGCACUUUGCCAUGGACGAGAUGAAAGUGGUGCUAAGCAUGAUUCUGUCCAAGUUCCGCUUUGUGCCGGAUCCUCUCGCCGAGAAGCCUGCAUGGCGAAUGGGCCUGAUCGUGAAGCCCGAUCCCGGAGUAUCCGUGUGCUUGGAGCUGGUGUAAGCAUGAAGUCGCAUGUGUGUAUGUGUGUCUGUGUGUCUGUGUGUUUCACGGUAUGCGUAUGUGUUUUGUCAUACUGUGGACCUUGCCAUCAGGUGAGCUACUGCCACACACAUAUUCUUAUGUUCUGUUGCAUUGGCAUAUUCUUCAUCCCGUGCAUGCCUCAACUGUUACCCAUGUUGUCAUGGAUUGCAAGGAUAUUGACCGCAACUGCAACUUGACAUAAUGAAAGUGUCCUUCAAUUCGAUAUCACUGAGAAACAGAAAUGAGCAGUGCUGGUCACAGUCGGCAGCUGUCCACCUUGUUGAAUUGCGCCUUGAGGACCUGUCUCCUUGAAUUCCUUGAGCAGAUAUGCAGAAAUGAUGUUAUGGCUUUUCGAGCCACUUUA